GUGGGGCUCUCAGGGAGGAAACGUGACUGGAACCUGAGUGCUGUGACAGUCAGUCGGUGUCUGAAGACAAACAAGGAGAUCUGCAGCUCAGAGAGCCGUGGUCGGACCGGUGAAGGUUCUGAUCCAAACAGGAGAGGAGCCUGGAUGGAUGGAUUCAUGUAACAUUUGAUACUGGAGCUGAUGUCUCUUCUGAGUCCACGUGCCUACUCAGCACGGGAUAGUUCAUUUCUAUAUUUAAAGGACUGAUGAACUCGUUAUUUCCCUCUCCAUGGUGCUUGAAGGCAGAGACAUGGACGGGAUUGGGACCACCAUGCAGAAGAAGGCUGCCGAACUGGAGCGGCUGGCUGAGGUGCUGGUCACUGGAGAGCAGCUGAGGUUGCGGCUCCACGAGGCAAAGGUGAUCAAGGAUCGGAGGCACCAUCUUCGAACGUACCCAAACUGCUUUGUGGCAAAGGAGCUCAUUGAUUGGCUGAUCGAACAUAAAGAAGCUGUAGAUCGGGACACAGCCAUCAAGAUCAUGCAGAAACUUCUAGACCAGUGCAUCAUUCACCACGUGUGUGACGAGCACCGGGAGUUCAAGGACAUGAAGCUGUUUUACCGCUUCAGAAAAGACGACGGGACGUUCCCGCUGGAUAAUGAAGCUAAGGUCUUCAUGAGGGGGCAGAGGAUCUAUGAAAAGUUGAUGAACACAGAGAACAACUUAAUUCAGACGCGACAGGAGGAAGCUGUGUCCUUUGAGCGGACGCUGGUUGCUUCCGAGUUCACCGACUGGCUGUUGCAGGAGGGGGAGAUGCCAUCCAGAGAGGAGGCCGAGCAGCUGGGCCGGAGACUUCUCGAACACGGCAUCAUUCAGCACGUCACCAAUAAGCAUCACUUUGUCAGCGGGCCCCUCCUUUACCAGUUCAGGAUGAACUUCCGGCGACGGCGGCGGUUGAUCGAGCUUCUUCACGAGCGCAGUCUUAGCAUCCCUGAGAGCCAUGAUAGCCCCUUCUGUCUGCGUAAACAGCAGCCGGACGGGGGCAACACCAGCUUCCUGUCAGUGAGUCCCACUAAAGAAAUCAAGGUGACGGGCGGAGCUCGGCGGAGCAGCAUGAGCAGCAGCUGUGGCAGCAGUGGUUAUUUCAGCAGCAGUCCCACACUCAGCAGCAGUCCACCUGUCCUCUGUAACCCUAAGUCUGUUGUGAAAAGACAAGUGAGUCCAGAGGAGCUGCUGACACCAGGAGGCCCUUUUAUAAAGAAGACAUUCACUAUUGUUGGUGAUGCUGUGGGCUGGGGCUUUGUGGUGCGAGGCAGCAAACCCUGUCACGUCCAAGCUGUGGACCCUGGUGGACCUGCUGCUGCUGUUGGCAUGAAGGUAUGUCAGUUUGUGGUGUCGGUGAACGGACUAAACGUCUUGUGUCAGGACUAUCGGACCGUCAGCAGCCUGAUCCUGACGGGGCCCAGAACAAUAGUGAUGGAGGUGAUGGAGGAGGCACAAGUUUGACAGGAAGAGUCUUUCAGAUCUGUAGACACAGGGAUUGUUAGUACUUGAACUCGCACCACAUGGACAGAUGAAUGUGGAUCACUUGAAACUCAACUCAAAUUAAAUUUGUUCUUGUGAAGGGGAGGUGGAUGUUUGAACCAGUGUGUUCAAGAACAAGAGGACUCGACCUGCGGAGAAGUUGUGCAAAUUGCUCUGAGUUUGUUUGUUGUCAAGAUAAACAGGAAAACAUCUGUGAUCCAACUGUUUCUUAAGUGUCCACAAAGACUGUCAGUCUUAAAAGGAAUACUCUUCAUGAUGGAGUUAAUGUGUGUGUGUGUGUGCGUUCCUGAUCAAGGAAAAGCAAUAAAAACAAGGUUGUGAAUUGAAAACCCAACAUCAUAAUCCAGAGCUGAACAAGUCAAAGGUGAGACUGUAAACUGGUCAUAGUUACUUGGUGGACAGUUCAUUGACUUCUGGCAGAGGCUCCAGAAGAUGUCUGGAUUUAUCUUCUGCUCCACACUGCCCUCUACUGGUGGAUAUUUUAAAAUCUGGGAACGCUUUAGGGUUUAAUUUCCAUCCAUUAUCUUUCCCAUCCAUCCAUCCAUCCAUCCAUCCAUCCAUCCAUCCAUCCAUCCA